UUGAAUAUGAAAGUGGCUUUCUAAAUCCUUUUUGUCGAUUUGUGUGGUUGUCGUUAAAUUUCGUUAUUCUUUUCUUUGAAAACCUAUCCAUUGGAUAAAAACCUUGUAUGUUCUUGUGAAGUGUGGUGUAAUUACGAUUUGCAGUAGGAUAGUAAAUUAGACCACUUGGGAGAAGUAAUUAUAGUAGAAAGCAACAUGGAAGCAGUGACAGUUCCGCCAUGAAUGCAAAAUAAAUAGAAAUUGUGAAGAAGCUGGACGUUGGUGAGAAGAGGCUAGAAUCUUCACAAUGUUGAGAGGGGGGCGUGGUGGCCGUCACAGUCCGGAGCUGUACCCCCACACACUCAAGUGCUCCAACGCAAGUGAUACAAGCUCUGCUUACAGUGGUAGCGACACCAUGACGUCAGUUCAUAGUUCCCUCGACAUGGACAUGGAGGUAGACCUAUCAGGUCUCCUGGAAUCCAUUGUGGAUUCUGAUGAAGAAGAAGAUUUGGAAGAGAGCAUGGACAGCCUCACUGUGCGUGAUGCUGUCCGAGAAUGUCUUGAAAAAGACCCGAGUGAGAGAACUGAAGAAGACAUUGAAAUCCUGCUAGAGUUCACUCAACACUUGAAGGCAUUCACCAACAUGACACUCAAUGUACGUCGAGCCUUAUGUGCUGUAAUGGUAUUUGCUGUUGUUGAAAAAGCUGGCACUGUUGUCAUGAAUGAUGGAGAGGAACAUGACUCUUGGUCUGUUCUUAUUAAUGGACAUGUGGGUAUUGAACACUCUAAUGGAGAGAUUGAACACCUCAAUGUGGGCGACAGCUUUGGAAUGGCUGAAGCAACUCUUGAGAAACUUUACCACAGAGGAGUAAUGACCACACGCUGUGAUGACUGUCAGUUUGUUUGUAUCACACAAACUGACUACUACCGCAUCUUGCAUCAAGGUGAAGAGAACAUCAGAAGACAUGAAAAUGAGAAUGGUGUUGUGGUUCUUGUCACCGAAUACAGAGGGGCAGCUGGUGAAUCUGGCCACCAGCAAGGCCAUGUGGUCAUUAGAGGGACUCCAGAACAUUUGAUGUUACAGCUUAUUGAGGAUAACGCCCGGGACUCUACCUAUGUAGAAGACUUCCUACUGACUCACAGAACUUUUAUAGAAAGCCCACUUGUUGUUGCAAAACAGUUGCUUGCCUGGUUUUCUGAACCAUCUGUACGUGACAAGGUUACCAGAGUAGUUUUGCUGUGGGUGAACAACCAUUUCACUGACUUUGAAACAGAUCCAAGCAUGAUGGAGUUUCUUGAAAACUUUGAGACAGCUUUGGAACGAGAAAAAAUGGAGAGCCAAUUGAGACUAUUGAACAUUGCUUGUUCAGCUAAAGCACGCACAAGGAGCGUCACUUUAUCACGCCCAACGAGAGAUGAGCCUCUGAAUUUCACAAUUCUGGGUGGAUAUGAGAGAGGAUACGGAAUUUUCAUAUUAAAGGUAGAAAAGCACUCUAAAGCAGAAGAAGUAGGGUUGAAAAGAGGAGAUCAAGUCAUAGAAGUUAAUGGACAAUCUUUUCGACAUGUAAGCCAUGCAAAGGCAAUGGAAAUAAUUACGGGUUCAACACAUUUGAGCAUCACAGUAAAAAGUAAUUUAUUAGCCUUCAAGCAAAUGCUAUUAAUGCCUGAAAAUUCUCCAAGGCAAAGAGGCUGUACCAACAUGGUACGCUGGCAAACUGACCCUAGGGCCAGACUAUCAACUGCUGAAUUGUUGAGUGAUGAUCCUAUUACACUGACACCAGUUUUUCAAUCUCCCACCAAGAAACCUCAACAGUUAAGCAUCAAGAAAGAACCACAAAAAGGAUUUAUGACACUUGGCCCAAAAAGAAGGUUGCAGAAAGCUUUAAUGAAAAUGAAUAUUCUCCCUAAAAAUACAAUAACUGAUGGCUUACAUACUGAUGACAGCAUUAUUUCUAACACAGAUUCUGUGAACAAAGCUAACAGCAGCACUUCGUUUUAUAAUUCUCACAGUAACCCUGACCUCAUAUCUAUAUGUUAUGAUGAAUACCAGUCAUCUGACUAUCCUGAGCAUGUGCUUAAAGUCUACAGAGCAGACCAAACAUGCAAGUAUUUAUUAGUACACAAAGAGACCACUGCAAGAGAAGUGGUCAUGCUAACUUUGCAAGAAUUUGGAAUUACUGAUCCCAGUUCCAAUUUCUCACUUUGUGAGGUGUCUGUAGCACAAGGAGGCAUCAUAAAGCAGCAUCGUUUGCCAGAUCAGCUACAAAAUCUGGCUGAACGAAUUGGUCUGAGCUCCAGAUAUUACCUAAAGACAAAUGGGAUAAGUGAAACUUUAGUACCUGAUGAAAUGGCCCCAGAACUUCUGAGGGAGAGUGUUGUGCAUUUCCUGCAACUGAAUGCUGUUGAAGUUGCAGUUCAACUAACUUUACAGGACUUUUGCAUUUUCAGACAAAUUGAAAGCACUGAAUAUGUUGAUGAUCUGUUUGAAUUGAAAAGCAGAUAUGGUACACCAAUGCUGUCACAGUUUGCAGAACUUGUUAACAAAGAAAUGUUUUGGGUUGUUACAGAAGUUGUUACUGAGCAGCAGCUUGUUCGUCGGUCAAAGAUAGUGAAACAGUUCAUUAAAGUAGCACGACAUUGUAAGGAGUGUAAGAAUUUCAAUUCAAUGUUUGCAAUCAUAUCAGGUUUGGGCCAUGGUGCUGUAUCGAGGCUGAGGAUGACUUGGGAGAAACUACCCACCAAAUAUUUAAAACUGUUUACUGACCUGCAAAUGUUAAUGGAUCCCUCAAGGAACAUGUCUAAAUAUCGACAAUUAGUGACGACGGAACAAGGAAGAUCGCCAGUUAUCCCUUUCUAUCCUGUGGUUAAGAAAGACCUCACAUUUAUCCACCUUGGUAAUGAUACAAAAGUGGAGGGGAUGGUCAACUUUGAGAAAUUAAGGAUGAUAGCAAAAGAAGUUAGAACACUAACAAAUAUGUGCAGCUCUCCAUAUGACCUUUUGACCUUGCUGGAACUGGGAAAACAACCACCAUCAAAUGCUAUGGUUGCUCUGAAUCAACUCACAACUGGUGUACAACAAGGCCAAGUUACAGUAAAGCGAAGGAAAAAGUCUUCUAAUGUACCAAAUCCCAAAAAGAUGUUUGAAGAAGCACAAAUGGUAAGACGCGUCAAAGCGUAUUUGAAUCGUAUGCACGUAGAAACUGACGAGGAAAGACUUCAUGCACUUUCAUUGGAAUGCGAGGGCGCCGGGCCGGCUCCCGCGAUGCCUCGCCGUCGACAUCCUUCACCUUCCUUGUCAACUACUAGCAGCGCGUCUUCCGCCAGUGAGAGCAAAAAGAGUUUUGCAGGAAAUAAAUUUGGCGCAGCUUCACCGCAAGCAGUCCGAAAAUUGCUAGCACUAUCGGAACCCGCCAAAACUAGACCGCACCAGCCUAGACCGCCACCAUCAGGACCAUCGCCCUGCACGCAUAGGCGAGACGGUCCCGGUCCAGGAAUUUGCUGCCCCCGCACGGCUCAUGAGAGAUCGCACUCGGACACGCCCACGCCGCUGCCAGUCGACCUUUCGGCGGAGAGCAGCAGUGUUACAUCGCUAGUAAACUUGCCACUGAGAAAGACGGGCUCGGCGACGUCGAGUGACAGCGGACACGGCUCGUGCACAGCGGCCAGCUGCGUGCGCCCCGUGCCGCCGCCGCGCAUGCCGCAGGCGCCGUACACGCUCGCCACCCAGGUGGCGCGCCUGGAACGACUCAGCCGCGCGCACUCGCAUGAAGGUGUUACCCGCUCAUAUGAUUAUUAUCACGAUGCACCAGACGAUGAUGACGAUGAUCAGCAAGUAUCUGCUGUUUGAAAUUUGAAAUACUCUCACUAAAUCGAUGUCUAUUUAUAUAGUUCACUGUUUUUGUAAUCUCACUUGACGAAUAGAGAGCACGAUUUAUAUAAAUUUGUCUCAUAAUUAUUAUAAUUAUGUAUGUACCCUUUAUUUACAACUAAGUCUAAAGACUGUAUAAUUUUAAUAUUAAGAAUUGUCCUAGUGUUACAUAGUGUAAAAUUCCAUACUAUAAGCCAUGCCUCUAAACUUUACUUUUUAAUUAAUUGUAAUGUGAAUGUGACCCACCAUUUUCCAGUUUUUAUCUAGACAUGUUUGAUGUAUACCAAUUAGGUGACCUUGCAUAUCCACCUUUGGUAUCUCUACAUUCCGUUAUUUGUAUAUUGCAUAUAAUUUUCAUUAUUUAUAAUUGUGAAACUUAGACCAAAUAAUAAUUAAUGUACCUUUUUAACAUUUAUGAUUAAAAUUACCUAUUUAAAUAAUUUUAUUUUGUAGUAAUUUGUGGUAGCUUGGUGGACCAAUAAUGAGUUUGAAUGUUAUUUUUAGUGGUAGCAGCUCGAAUUCUGUUUAUAUCAUGGUUUAAUUAUUGAUUGUAAAUAAUAAAAAUAUAUUAAUUACAUUACUUCCUAAAAAGUGUGUUAUUUAUUCCGAACUAACCACUUGGCCGACGAUUAGGAGGCGAAUUGUGUAAUAAAUAAUGUUGUUUCAAUAAAACUAGGAGUAUAUUUCAAA